AAAAAAGCAACUGGUGCCUAUGGACACAAUUUGGAGAUGCAGAAUUUUCUCAAGGUCGACAUCACAAAAACUCUUCACAGACAAACAACAUUUACUUUGCUACAAUUCAAAUACUUUUUGUGACUACUGCGAAUUUACUUGGGUCCUCAAUUAAUUUGAUCCAAUCGCUUUUUUUUUGCUGAAAUAAAUUGUUGUUUACAUUUCAGUCCACGUGAAUCAAAUAAAAUUUUGAAGGAAAAAAACUCCUGCCAAUAUAUAUAAAUAACAUCUCGAUAUUUUCGGCAGUUCAAUAAAGUUUACCGAUGCAAAUUAUUUUACUAUAUAAGUUAAUAUAAAUUUUCUUUAUGUUCAACCUGGAAAUCGCACUAAAAACAUGAUCGCAUUCAAGAUUCAAGUGAUAACCGUCAUAGCGGUAAUAAUCGUAAAUGUAUCGAUUGUGAAUGGAUGGUUUGAGCGUUCAAACUAUCGCGUGGAUUUGGAAUCGAAUGCUGUGUUUCCACUGAAAUCGUUGCCAUAUCAGCGUGGUUCAUCAACACGUGUAGUAUUUGUCGGUCAAAGUGGUGCUAAUUUGACGCUGAUUUGCAAUAUCAAUUUUUCCAAGGGAUGCCGUCGUUGCGAUUUCUUUGGUGAUACAACCAUUACUCGACGUGGUUCAUGUUGCGAUGACUACUUUUACGUUGGAUAUAAUUUAGACCCUAACAUCCAAGGUGCAGAACGGUUUUGUGGUGUCAAAACGAUACAAAAGAAUUCUCGCCAAACAUCCGGUCGACCGGUUUUAGUUAUUGCUACAUCAGCCACUAGGAAUGGUCGUUAUGGCAAAUAUAAAUGCUACAUUUCAUCAACGGGCAAUUCGUCAACAACAUCAUCAACAGCAGCAUCAACAGCAGCAUCAACAACCCCAUAAAAAAAUCCACAUCUAAAAUAUGCUCAACAUGUUCUCUAUAUUAGUAUGGCUCACAUCAAAUUUGUGCUUAUUUUUGGUGUGAUUCAGAUUUUCACACCAAAAAUUCCAUACAAAACGAGCAUAUUUUUGAUGUGACUGACAUUAAAUGAUGUUUCGGUUUUGCCGUUGCAACGGUCAUUUAUAUUGACAACUUGCCUAUCAUUCUAUUGUCAGCCACAUCAAAAAUUUGCUCGUUUUGUAUGGAAUUUUUGGUGUAAAAGUCUGACUCACACCAAAAAUGAGCACAAAUUUGAUAGGAAGUUGAUGUGAGGCAUACUAAUUUAGGGAACAUUUUGAGCACAUUUUUGAUGUAAAUUUUCUUAUGGGAUCGCAGCUGCUGAAGAAGAAACACCCGACGAAGAUUCAUAAUGUAAGAUCCACGGCAUUUUUUUAAGUAGUAGAAAAAAAUAUUGGAUGGUUCGAGUUUCCAUAAAAAAUAAAACUUGUAACAAUUUAUCCGGAUUAGAUAUAUUUUCGUCAUGUGUAUUCAAGUCUAAUAAUGCUUUUUGGAUGUACGUCAUUUGAUUAGAAUAAAAAAAAGCAUCAAUUUGUUUGACUGAUAAUGAAUUGUUUGCAUAUCGAGUGAAACAGGCACAUCAGAUAAACUUGUGCAAAUAAUGUUAAUUAUAAAUAAACAUCGGGCAGAUUAUCAAAUAUUGUUGUUUUUUCUAGAAAGUUACAAAAUUUGAAGAAAAAACGACAACAAACGGUUGUGAAGAAAAACGCUUCGAGUAGAAAGUCUUGAUUGUCUACAGACGCAAGUUUAUCCAGGAGUUUUGAUCUAAUUUCAACUGAAUAUUCCCUGACUUUCUUCAUCACCCUGCUAUAAAUCAAUGUGCACAUAAGAUGCAAACACGUGUGUUUACUCUAUUUAUGUUAAGACAUUCUGAAUUAACAAUUCAGUGAAUGUUUUUUCCAGAAAAACAUUUCGUAUUUGCUUAGAUGUUUAUAAAUUUGUGAGUUGCAAUAAAA